GGUGACCGGACGUGAACUUUAGAGGGCAGUUAGCUCACAACUUCACAACUAAACCCCCGCGGCGCGAGCUCCCGUUGAGGCCGGUUCACUCCGAGGAAACAAGGAAGCUGGUUUCCGCCGGGCAAGAAGAACGUCGACUCUGGAAGUUCCCGUGUGAAGAAGCGUCUCCCAGACCUCCUCCAGGAUCUUGACUUUCUCCCUCGACACACGUGGAGGCCACGCCCCCCUUUCCACCUCGCGUUCCUCUACCUCAACACGCCCUCCGUUCCACCUCGUGUUCUCGACUUCUUCUUCCUGCUGCUGUAAUCGUCAGCUGAGGAGGAGGAGGAGGGGGGGGGGGGGGGAACCACCCCGAAAGCAGCCAUGUUUCCCGGGCGUUUGUGAUGUCAGAGGCCUGCGACGGACCAGGAGACGGGCACGAAGAGGGGCGGGACCGCAGAGACGUUCCUUGGUUCGUGGUUGGCUGUGGGGAUGACGAGCAGGACAUGGGCCAAAUGGAGGCAGGCAUGAAGAACGAGAUGUUUCGAGAAGAGGACAUGGAGGACUACGAGGAUGAGUCGCUGCCGGAGCGACAGAUCGUGGUCGGCAUAUGUGCCAUGAUGAAGAAGUCCAAGUCCAAACCCAUGACCGAGAUCCUGGAGCGACUCUGCAAGUUCGACUACAUCGACAUGGUGAUCUUUCCCGAGGAGGUGAUCCUGGAGGAGCCCGUGGAGAAGUGGCCGCUCUGCGACUGCCUCAUCUCCUUCCACUCCAAAGGUUUCCCUCUGGACAAAGCUGUGGAGUACGCCAAGCUCAGGAACCCACUGCUCCUCAACGACCUCAACAUGCAGUACUUCAUACAGGACAGGAGGGAGGUGUACCGGAUCCUCCAGGAGGAGGGCAUCGAGCUGCCUCGCUACGCCGUGUUGAACCGAGACCCCGACCAUCCCGAAGAGUGUAACCUGGUGGAGGCGGAGGACCACGUGGAGGUGAACGGGGAGGUGUUCCCCAAACCCUUCGUGGAGAAGCCCGUGUGCGCCGAGGACCACAACGUCUACAUCUACUACCCGACGUCGGCCGGCGGCGGCAGCCAGAGGCUCUUCCGAAAGAUAGGGAGUCGUAGCAGUGUGUACUCCCCAGAAACCAACGUACGUAAAACCGGCUCCUACAUCUACGAGGAGUUCAUGCCCACGGACGGGACCGACGUGAAGGUUUACACGGUGGGUCCGGACUACGCCCACGCGGAGGCCCGGAAAUCUCCCGCCCUGGACGGGAAGGUGGAGCGGGACAGCGAGGGGAAGGAGAUCCGUUACCCCGUCAUGCUGACCGCCAUGGAGAAGCUGGUGGCCCGCAAGGUCUGCCUGGCCUUCAAGCAAACCGUGUGCGGGUUCGAUCUCCUCCGGGCCAACGGCCACUCCUUCGUGUGCGACGUCAACGGCUUCAGCUUCGUCAAAAACUCCAUGAAGUACUACGACGACUGUGCCAAGGUCCUGGGGAACAUGGUGAUGAGGGAGUUAGCCCCCCAGUUCCACAUCCCCUGGUCCAUCCCCAUGGAGGCUGAAGACAUCCCCAUCGUCCCGACAACCUCAGGAACCAUGAUGGAGCUGCGUUGCGUCAUCGCCGUCAUCCGCCACGGAGAUCGCACACCGAAGCAAAAAAUGAAAAUGGAGGUCCGACAUCCUUUAUUCUUUGAGUUGUUUGAGAAGUACGGAGGCUACAAGUCAGGAAAGCUAAAGCUGAAGAAGCCAAAACAGCUCCAAGAAGUGCUCGACAUCGCCCGCCUGCUGCUGGCGGAGCUGGGCCAGCACAACGACUGUGAGAUCGAGGAGAAGAAAUCUAAAUUGGAGCAACUCAAGACCGUCCUGGAGAUGGAAUCCAGCUUGAGUGACGCUCAGUACGGACAUUUCUCGGGUAUCAACCGGAAAGUCCAGCUGACCUACCUACGCAACGGCCAACCGAAAGCCUCGAGCGAAGAAGAAGACUGUAAGAAGGACGGCCCGUCUCUGCUGCUGGUGCUGAAGUGGGGCGGCGAGCUGACGCCCGCCGGCCGGGUUCAGGCCGAGGAGCUGGGCAGGGCCUUCCGCUGCAUGUACCCCGGAGGUCAAGGCGACUACGCCGGGUUCCCAGGCUGCGGCCUCCUCCGCCUGCACAGCACCUACCGCCACGACCUGAAGAUCUACGCCUCGGACGAGGGCCGCGUGCAGAUGACCGCGGCCGCUUUCGCCAAGGGUCUCCUGGCUCUGGAAGGGGAGUUGACGCCGAUCCUGGUCCAGAUGGUGAAGAGCGCCAACAUGAACGGGCUGCUGGACAGCGACAGCGACUCGCUGACCGACUGCCAGCAGAAGGUGAAGGCCCGGCUGCACGAAAUCAUGCAGAGGGACCAAGAGUUCACGGAGGAGGACUAUCGGAAGUUGGCACCGAGUGGCAGCCCGUCGCUGGUGAACUCCAUGAAGGUCAUACAGGAUCCGGUCAAAACCUGCGACAAGGUCUACGCCCUCAUCCAGAGUCUCAACUCGCAGAUUCGCAAGAGGCUGGAGGACCCCAAGUCCGCAGACCUGCAGCUGUACCACAGCGAGACGUUGGAGCUGAUGCUGCAGCGCUGGUCCAAGCUGGAGAGGGACUUCCGCAUGAAGAACGGCCGCUACGACAUCAGCAAGAUCCCCGACAUCUACGACUGCGUCAAGUACGACUCGCAGCACAACGCCUCGCUGGGCCUGGAGGACACGCUGGAGCUGUUCCGGCUGUCGCGCGCGCUGGCCGACAUCGUCAUACCGCAGGAGUACGGCAUCAGCCGAGCGGAGAAGCUGGACAUCGCUCAGGCGUACUGCGUUCCUCUGAUGAAGAAAAUCCAGCUGGACCUGCAGAGGACCCACGAGGACGAGGCCGUCAACAAGCUGCACCCGCUGUACUCUCGCGGCGUGAUGUCUCCCGGGCGCCACGUCCGCACGCGCCUCUACUUCACCAGCGAGAGCCACGUCCACUCGCUGCUCAGCGUGUUCCGCUACGGGGGGCUGCUGGACGAGGAGAAGGACCAGCAGUGGAAACAGGCCAUGGACUACCUGAGCGCCGUGACGGAGCUCAACUACAUGACGCAGGUCGUCAUCAUGCUCUACGAGGACAACAACAAGGACCCGUCCUCAGAGGAGCGCUUCCACGUGGAGCUGCACUUCAGCCCGGGAGUCAAAGGCUGCGACGACGAGGAGAACGCGCCGCUGGGCUUCGGCUUCCGCCCCGCGUCCUCAGAGAAUCAAGACAAAAAGCCCAACCAGGGCAGCCUGGAGGACCUCUCCCAGGACCAGCUGGACCAGGCGCUUCCUCUCUCUGAGCCCAUCAACAUCCGACGGUCCCCCAUGAUCCGCAACCGCAAGUCGGGCUCCAUGGAGGUCCUCUCUGAGACUCCUCCCACUCAGACCUCCAAAGGCAGCACGACCUACCGACUCUUCCCCUCGGGGUCGCGCCAGUCUCCCGAGAUCAAACCGGCCAGUGGCCUAGGGUCGCUCUGCUCUGGCCUCUUCAGUGCCUCCGCCCUCGGCGUGUCCUGUAGCGCCCCCAACCUGCGGGACUACGUCCGCACGCACCACCACCUCCACCGAAAGCCGCCCCUGUCCCCCGGCAGCCUGCCGUGCCAGAUCGGCAUGUUCGAGCUGUUCUCUAUGCCGCCAGUAAAGAGAUUUUCUGUGUCGUUUGCCAGGCAUCCGACUAAUGACGAGCUGCCGGGGGGGGGGCUUCCCGCCGAGCCGGCCCCUCUGGCGGACGGCGUCGUGGCCCACCACCUGAUCCACUGCCCCUACCACCUGGGCCUCCUCGAGAGCUGGCUGACCUCCGGCCGGCCGCUCCCCGAAUCCCUCCACGGCUUCGAGGGCUGCUCCAUGGUGCCCUCCAUCUACCCGCUGGAGACGCUGCACAACUCGCUGUCCCUCAAGCAGGUGGACGAGUUCCUCAACAAGGUGUGCGAGAGCAGCAGCGAGGCCCACGCCAAGACCAUGAAAGCGCUGUCCAGCCUGUUUGACUCUCAGAGCCAGACGUCGCUCUACAGCCCUCAGCAGCCGCUCUCCUCCUCCGGCUCCGAGACGUCUCUCCGGCCGUCGGGCCAGCCUCAGUGGCAUGGCAGCAUCCCGUCCAGCGCCGUGUCCAGCGCCGGCCCCUCCUCCCCGGUCACAGAGAGCUCCGGCCAGAACUUCAGCUUCAGUGAGUAGAGCGUCUGGGUAUUUAGACCAGACCCCCGACCUCCGUGGGUCACCUGUUCCUCUGUCCUCCUGCACACACACACACACACACACACAGUAUUACACAACACUUCGGACACGUGAACAAGAGGGAAAACGCACUGGACCCGUCAUCGCUCUGAAGUCUCAUCCUCGUCUUCUUCAGUUUGUCGACACCUUCAUGAAACCGGCUGCGACCGAGUGGCAUUAAGACCAGUUGUGCCUUUAGUUCAACUUGGAUGCGGCCUACGAUAAAACAACAACAAUAAACAUCAACAAUUAUUAUCUGCAAAUUAUCUCACACAGCAGAUGAAAAUGUCAACCAGCAAACCAGCGUUUGCAUCUGAAAGAUAUUUAAAUAUUUAUUUAAAAAAAUUAAUAUAUAUAUAACAUAUUUUUUUAUAUAUAAAAUAUUUUAAUUAUAUAUAUAUUCAAUCUUUUUAUAUAUAUAUAUAUCUGUUUUCAAUAUGUGUGUAUAUAUAAAAAUAUAUAAUAUCUAUAUAAAGAUUAUUGAAUAUAUAUACAAUUAUUUAAUAUAUAUAUAUAUACAAUUAUUUAAUAUAUAUAUAUAUAAAAUGUUAUAUGUAAUAAAUGAAUACAUAUAUUAAAAUAUUGUUAGAUAUAUUAAAUAAUUUAUAUAUAUAUAAAAUAUUUUUAUAUGUAUAUUUAAAAAAAAUGUUUUUCCCUGUUGAUCUGCAGUGUUGUUGCUAGCCAAUCACAGCGCACCCUGAAACUAAACAAGCUGUUUUCUUUUGUUAUUCAAGUUUCUCAAUCUGACUCGUAAACGUCGGCACGCUGUCGGCUGGAAGUCAUUUGGGACAUUUUGUUCACGUCAGUUAAAUAUGAAGGUUAGCUUAGCACAAAGGUUAGCUUAGCAGAACGGUGUCGCUUAUGAAAAGGAAAAAUGGAGCCUCCUAAUUAUUAGGUUUGAAAUUUAAAAAAAAUCUAAGAACAACGAUUUUUAGUUUUUCUGUGGUUUUCUUCUCAAAUAUUGAUUUGAACACUUUGGUUUUCAUCUUGAAUAAACAAACACACUUAUUUAAUUACUGGGCUUUAAUGGGUUUGUUUCUCUGGACGCCCGGAUGGCUUUUCUUCUCUGUUUUUGUGCUAAGCUAACCGUCUCCUAGCGUUAUCUUCAAAGUUAUCAAACAAGUGUUUACUUUCUUUUUUUAUUUUAUUUUGAAAUGCAGUGGAAAACUCGGAUUCAUCAAACGUGUGUUAGUUAUUAUUAUUACAAGAAUCGCCUGCUGUUAAAAUGGAAAAUCAAUUGAUCUGUAAAUGUGUG